CGCUUCACCUGUUCACUUACAAGCUGUUUGUUUAAUCCAUAAGCCUUUUCGUAUUUGCCAAACUUGCUUCUUUUUACACAACCUAACUGAUUUAAUCGCAUUUAGAUCGAAAUUCAAAAUUAGGAACGAUCGAUGGCCUCGCCUAGUCGGAGUUCCCAGCGUUCCCUGCUCAACGCGGGCCUCAAAUUGUUUACCACAAAGCUGGGUAGGACCCAGCACAUACUCCCGCUGAAGGAUUUCAGUGUGUCUGCGCUGCAGGGUGUGGAGCUCCAUCAUCAGAAUACCGCACCAACCGGGAUGUCCCAGCGACUGGCAGAUGCCCAGAAGCGCACCCAAUUGUUGGAGGACCGGAACAGCCAGCUUAAGGAUCUGGCGCUGGAUAAAUCGGCCCUCUUUGAGUCGCGAACAGUGAUGCUGUGCUCCCGAGCCUUCGACAUCAGUCAGGAGCUGAUCAUGACCAGGAUGAGGAUUAACGACUUGGAGAACGCCUGUACGCAACUACGAAAGUAUUGUCCUGACCGCAAUCGUCUAGUCCGUUUAUCGUUUAGUCUGUUGUUCCACAGACGCAUCCUGGAGCUGAAUCUGCGACGCAUUCAGCGUCGUCGGCUGCUCUGCCACGAAGUACAGAUGCUGCAACAGGCGCUGGAACACCAGGUGCCCACGAUCCUGAUGCGCCUCUGGCGCGGUCUUUGCUUUCUAUGGAACUGUGUGGAUUGCCUGUCGAUGGUGUCCCGCGUGGCCCGUCCUGUCUUCAAGGCAGAGACCACAAUGGAUGCACUCAAUCUAUUUGUGGCGGGCUUUUGACAUGUCUCGCUUUGUCCUGGUCUUUAAUUUAGUAUUUUUAACACUGGUUAUCGAGCACAGCAGGGUUAUCGACAUCAAUCGACUUAUCGAGUCGGGCAUUUCAUUACUUUAAACGUUUGUAUAUCACCAUAAAUAACCAAACAGUUUUCUUUGGCUGGUUCUAAGAUAAAUUUUUAUAGUACACA